AUGCAAAGUUCAGAUUUCCAUGUCGUCUUGUCGUCUUCCUCCCAACUUCGAAAUUUGAGAACCACAGCUGAGGAGAUGGGUCGCUACUAUUGUGAUUACUGCGACAUCUUUUUAACACACGACUCGCCAUCUGUGCGAAAAGCUCAUAAUACAGGAUGGAAGCAUCGAAUGCAAGUACAAAGCUACUAUCAAGGACUCGACCCAGCCAAGAUACAGGCAAUAGUAGAACGUCUAACUAAAGCAUAUGAAGGAAAACCAGGUGGUCCAGACUUUGGAUUCAACCCUACAUUCGCACCUGUACCUCAAAAUCAGCAACAGCAACAAUUUCCAUUCCCACCAGGUGGUCCACCGCAGCAAGGAUAUCAACAACCAGGAUAUCAACAACGUCCACCACCUGGGUUCCAACAGCCUGGAUUCCAAGGCGGUCCUCCUCGACCACCGUUUGGCUUCAACCCUCAACAAGGCCCUCCACCUGGAUUCAACAUGGGGCCACCUCCUGGAAUGGGCCAGCCUCCAAUGAUGCAAGGAAAUGCUCCAAUGCCCGCAUGGAUGACGAAUAGACCACCUAUGGGUGCUGGAGGUCCUCCUGUUCCACCUAUGGGUGCUGGAGCUCCUCCACCGUGGAUGAUGAAUAGACCACCAAUGCCAAUGGGCGGGCCGCCACCUCCAAUGCCAGAUGCUAUUGAUGGUAAACGGCCAAGUGAUGGAAACUACGAUGACCCUUCGAAACGACCACGUUUCCAGUAA